ACUCUUAGCAGGAAGGACGCAUAAUUCUUCUCUGAAGUGCUCUUUUCUUUCCGAACAUUGUCGCCAAUGCUUUAAAUUUCUCUUUUUUACCUUCACUAUGUCAGGAGAUUGCCGGGAACAAGCUCCGGAUACCGAUGGAGGAAGAAGCGGCGGUAUCGUGUCCGGUUCCGGAGCGGUGACGUCGACGGUGUCAAAUCCGAGGCUGUGGCUGAACCCUAACAAGAAGCACAAGCCGGAGAGCUACGAGGAUCUACAGCUCGAUUUUGCUCCGUCCAUCUUCAGCUCGUUAGAGCAAUACUUGCCGCCGAGCAUGCUUGGUGUUGGCAGAGACGAUAAGGUGAAGUUCAUGAGGGAGAUUCUGUUGAAGUACCUGCCCCAUGGAGAGCGUCACAGGGUGCAGAGACAUAGAGAAUACAGGCAGAAGAUAAUAUCAAAUUACCAGCCUUUGCAUAGAGAGUUGUUCACCAUCCAUCCUGAAGCAUUCUUUGUCUCAUCAUUUCUCGAAGCUAUCAGUGACAAUGGUGAAGAAAGUUUUAGAGGCAUAAUGUCUGAACCCUCUCCAGGCGUGUUUACCUUUGAAAUGCUUCAGCCACGCUUUUGUGAACUAUUAGUAUCUGAGGUGGGAAAUUUCGGAAAAUGGGUCAAUGAAGCAAAAGUCCGGAUCAUGCGUCCAAAUACAAUGAAUAGGCAUGGUGCUGUACUUGAUGAUUUUGGGCUUGAAACCAUGCUUGACAAGCUUAUGGAGGGUUUUAUUCGGCCUAUAUCUAAAGUUUUAUUUCCUGAAGUUGGUGGAUCAACACUAGAUUCUCAUCAUGGUUUUGUUGUUGAAUAUGGUGAAGACAGGGAUGUUGACUUAGGCUUUCAUGUGGAUGACUCAGAAGUAACUUUGAAUGUUUGCUUGGGUAAGCAAUUUUCUGGAGGACAAUUGUUUUUUCGAGGUACAAGAUGUGACAAGCACGUAAAUACAGGAACUCAGUCAGAGACCUUCUUGAUGGAAUAUUUUCUGUAAAAGCAGGAAAUCUUUGAAUAUUCCCACAUCCCAGGACGAGCUGUGCUUCAUCGUGGUCGACACCGACAUGGUGCAAGGGCCACAACUUCUGGUCACAGGAUCAAUCUACUUUUAUGGUGCCGAAGGUACUUAAUAUUAAUAUUUAUUGCCUAACAUUGAGAAAGAAGUGAAAAAAUUAGUGCUGCAUCAAGGUAUGAUUACUUGGGGAAUCCUAGACAUAGGUGCAAAUGAUUAUAGUGGUCAGAUUUCUCUUUGCUAUUUAACCAUUGUUAUCCAGCAUAAGUUUCCGCUAAGAAUUUUGAGCCAUGGUUCAAUCCUUAUCUUUCUUGUCCUUUGGUCUCUACACAGUUCAGUCUACAGAGAGAUGAAGAAAUAUCAACGAGAUUUCUCUAGCUGGUGUGGAGAAUGCUUUCGUGAGAAAAAAGAAAGGCAACAGUUGUCAGUUGCUGCUAUCAAAUUGGAGCUGCUUAGGAGGGAAGGUGAAUCUGUGACAUAAGUUGUAAAGUUGGCUCUAUAGUUACAGUGCCAUGGUAGAACUUUUUGUAACAUAAAGGGAGGUCUGUUUUGUGCUUCAUCUUUAACUUUUCAUGUCUGGCAAAUGUCAUAAAUUAUUUAAAGUGAUAGUUUGUCUGUAGCAGUCAGUCUGUCUGGUAGAUUUUUGUAGGUAAAAGUUUCUUUAUCGCUCAUUCGAUUUCAUAUUCUGUAGAAUCAGUGCUGUAUGAUGGAUUGUAAGAAAAUUGGGCGUUCAAAAUGCAGUCCAUUCUCAUUUAUUUUGAUUACCUACGCUUAUUUUACUAUCAAAAAGAAGGAAAGA